CGAAAUCGAGCAGCAAGGGGCGAAAGGAGGAGGGAGGGAGAAAGCGGCCUUACGGAAUUUAGGCCGACUCUCCCCGCGGGGAUAACGGCGGCCAGCCUUGCCUAGGCUGCCUACCAGCGGCGCGCCACGAAAACCGAUGCAGACCGGCGUCAAUUGCAAACGCUGAGCAGGCUCCGCCGCGUAGUGCACGCUCUUCCGUCAUGGGAUGGCCGUCGGCCGCGAUGCUGCUGCUCGUCGUUGCUCUCCUCUGUGUCGCCGCUCGGGGCCCGCUGGCGGCCGAGGCUGCUGCCACCAAGCUGCCCGCCAAGUUCGAGAGCACGCGCACCACCACGGCACUGCCGGCUUCGACCGCCGCAAAGCUGCGGGCAGCCCCGACGGACGAUGACGGAAAGAACGACGUCCAGGACAUGCCGGUCACCAGUGGCGUCGAGCUCGAGGAUUACGACGACGCCGCCGACGAACAGCCCAGCACCGACUUGAAAGCACCGACCGGCGGCUCUACGACACCGGCGGAGGGAAGCAAUGACGAUGACGAAGACGACGACUAUGAUUCCACGGAUGACUUCGAAGACGCUGAAGGAGGCCCAACGGAACUGAGCGAGCCGACGACAGUUUCCACGCCGACCACCGCCAAGGCAGCGAGUGCCACCGCUGCGGCUAAAGAAAACGCUGUGACCAAAGGCAGUGGUGAGCCAAUGCCGCAAGCUACUGCUAAUUUGACAAACGUUAGCGUGGUGCCAACUACUCAGGCGUCUACCACGCACGCGCCUUCUGUGCCGCCUACGUUGACAACUACUGCCGCUGCUACAAGUACCACCACUAGAGUCACCACAACAACAGUACCUUCCAUGACGUCCACUGUGUCAUUCACUUCUACAGAAGGCGGCACAACGCUGACAGCUGAUGCGACUACCGACGUCGAGAGUACAUCACUCGUGGACUCUACUACCUCCGUGAGAAGCACUACUGAAAAUCCUGACAUUACGACGGCGGUCAAAGACGGUUCCGAUGUCACAGUGAAGUCAGAAAUGGAACCCGAAUUCAGCGGAGACAACCAAAUCGCAGCUUACCAGGGAGCGGCAUCUUCGCUAUCCGUGACGGCUGUCGAAUCGACUACUUCCUCAACCACCACAACGGAGUCUUCAACUACAGAAUCCACUACAACGGAAUCAACUACGACGGAGUCGACAACCACGGAGUCCACCACUACCGAAUCUACGACUACAGAAUUGACUACGCAAUCGACGACAACGCAGUCCACGACCGCGGAAGAUACAACAGAAACAACAACUAGAGAAACAUCGACGAUUGAGUCUUCGACCACUUCUGACGAGGUCUCGACUAAUUCCGAAAGUACCGUGGAGUCUGAUUCCACGACUUCAAGCGAAAUUACGACAACGUUAAGCGGAGCCGAAGGUUCGGCAGCAAGCGGUAUGAGAGAAAUGGAAGACUUGGAUGCGGCUGGCGAUACGACGACUCAGAUGACACCAGAGAUCACCACAGUCAGGGAUUACGAGCCUGAUUUGAACGCCGUUAUUAACCAGUUCAUGACACAGAUCCUGCCCUUAACAACGCGGUUUCUUUCCGACACCAACGUUUCCGCUGACUGCGUCAACCACUUGUGGAAAGUGUACCAGGGAUUUCGUCGGCAAGACGCUUGGGCGCUCAGGUUGAUCACCUCAUCGGGACUGAUCCCAGCGAACCUCUUCGAGGGCUCCCUGAGUAACCUGGGCAGCUACGAGCAGUGUCUGCGCACCAAGUCGGUGGGCAGCGAUGGCGAACUGGAGAUUCAGGGACGAUACUGCUCGCUCUUCUUCCGGCCGCCGCCACUCUACUACAACCGCACCUCCGAGCAGUUCAAGGCCAUCGGGGAAAUGCAGGGACGGCGAAGCGUGUUGAAAUGGGAGAAAGGCGAACGUGGCUACGUCAGCUCUGACGUGCGAGUCGGCCUCUGUAUUCCAUCCGGCUGCACCGCCCAUGACGUCACGCAUAUGGCGAACCUAAUCGUCCAAGAAUACGGUGCCCGGGCUGUCGUGAAGAACUGCAGAGUCGAGGAACCAUUUACAAUGUCAGACCUCCAGAUCGGAAUUCUGUGUGCUCUGGGUGGCUCCGUGGGGCUCGUGCUUCUCGCAACCCUGGUGGAAAUCUGUCUCUUUUGCUGCUCAAACCACAAAGUAUCGGACCCGAAAUAUGACGUGGUUCCGGUGAAGGUGGUCAAGUGCUUCUCCCUGGUGCACAACACGAGGCGCCUCAUCAGCACCCACUUCGACACCAACUGCCCCCGCAAGCCGGUGCGCUUCGUCUACGGCGUCAAGGUCUUCAUGAUGCUCUGGAUCAUUCUCGGGCACAGCUACUACACCUCCAACUUCCAGACACUCCACUCCGGCUACCGGAUCAUGGACCUGUACAGCAUGGUGCACGCGCAGCUGCUGGGCAGUGCCUUCUACGCCGUUUCCACCUUCUUCUUUAUGAGCGGCUUCGUGUUGGCCUACUUCAUGCGGCAGAGCAAGGACGAGACCAUCAUGCGGCCCUUCCUCGCGCUCUACGUGUUCGCCGUAGUGCGACGGUAUCUAAAGCUGACGAUUCCAGCGAUGGUGGUGGUGCUAUGCUUCUUCCUGUUCCCGCUGUUCAUAUCGGGACCUCAAGACCAGGACCUGAUGGGCCAGGAGCAAGAGGGCUGCAAAGAAAACUGGUGGACUAUCAUGGCCCAGAUAGUCAACUUUGUACCCAGUGAAAAAAGGUGUAUGCAGCAGUACUGGUACAUCAGCAGCGACAUGCAGAUAUUCCUCGUCGCUGUACCAAUGUCCAUCAUAUUUGUGAGGAGCCCGGCAUGCGGCUUCUCCUUGGCGUUGCUGCUCAGCGUUCUGGCAUCUGUGGCGGCUGGUCUCGUAACGUAUAUGAAAGACCUGAAACCAUCUAUCGCGUUCACAAUCGAUGACUUCAGCCGCAAUCUGGAGACUGCCGAAUUUGUCCAUGAGCUUCCUUACUCGAACUUGGCCACCUACUUUAUGGGAAUACUCUCCGGUUACUGCGCUGCCACUUGGAGUAAAGCGUGCAUAAACAAGGUGCUGCAGGCCUUCCUGUGGAUCUUAGCGCUGUGCCUGAAUGUGUUCCUGGUGUUUGUGCCGUACGCGUGGAACCGGUGCGAGACGGACGACCUGAAGCAGCUGUACGCGGCCUUCUACGGCGGCAGCUACCGCUACCUGUGGGGCCUCUCCUGGUGCUGGAUCGCCUACGCAUGCGCCACCGGAAGAGGAGGGAUCCUCUCCAGAUUCCUAUCCUGGAAUCCCUUCGUGGUCCUGGGAAGGCUGACGUUCGGCGUGUAUUUAAUACAAUACGUCGUCUUCAUCGCCAGGCAAGGAGUCAGCACAAACACCUUGCAAGUCAACGAAUUUCUACAGGUCAAAGACUCCUUGGGCGUGGCCGUGAUCAGCUACUUCUUCGCCUACCUCCUGCACGUGGUGUACGAGGCGCCCGUGGCCGGCGUCACACGGAUGAUCUUCCAGUUCCACAAUAUCCGCAAGCCGGGAGGAGGCUCCAAGAAGCGGCCGCAGCAGCCGCAACCCGAGUCUCCGCCUCCAGCCGCCACCACAUCCGAGCCGACCUCGAACGGAUCGGCGGCUGCGCCCAUGGCCAACAACGACUCGAGCCACACCCCGGCCAACAUUCCCGAAGAGCCUUAGUCCUGAGCUCCGAACGCGUGGCCAAUCCAGGGACGUACGGCUGUGUUACAAGCAUCGGCGUGGAGAAAGGAGGAGGAGAAACUGCAGGGCGUAAUAUAAAUUGAUGAGCCCUUUAAGCGAGGCAUUUAGGUGCGAGAUCAACAAAAGAAGCGACACUGCCUCGAAGGGAAACCAACUUUGUUUUUUGUUGUUGUUGUUUGUUUUCAAACUGACGUCUACCGCCUCUAGAGAGAAAGAACUGAGGCUCCAACUCCACUUUGGCGUUACGUUAACGGAAUACUCAGCGAACACGUGAAGCAGAGAGAACAUGGUUUGCCUUAGCGGCAGUGUUAUACUUUGCUGAUCUGAACCCCAUCGUGGCAUCAUCAGCCGUUAUUGGGAACAAGACCCUGGAUGGUACCGCGACCCCACGUGAUGCCGUGGGAGUGAGCACGCAUAGCUUUCGUCUGAAGUGCUCUCGCAUACUGCGUUUAUUUCUUUGCGCCAAAAGGGAGGAAAUAAUGUGGAGCUGCCUGCCACGAUCAGUUCUACGAAUCAUCUCGACGUACGGCCUCGAGCGUAGUGUGGGGCCUCGGGAAGGCUGUGCCAAACGGUAAUGCCACUUGGAGCGCCAAAAAGUUUGCGUCGACGCGAAAGAACGUAGAGCUCCUCGACCACUGUGCUUUCUCCCAUGCCGGAUGCUAAGCACGAACACUCGUACGGCCCGCGACGGAAGUCGUGAAAGUCAUAGUUCAUUCCCAGAUUGCCUCUUUCCCUCUGUCUCUCUUUCUUUGUGUGUGUGUGUGUGAUGUGUCUUUCAGGCGCGUUAGUGCCUUGUUUUCGAGAGUCAACAAACGAUUAUGAGGUUCAGCUGGACUUGUUUUGAACGGGUUCGAGGUCAACAGUUCCCGAUGACAUGUGCAGGAUGUCUUGAGGGACGAAUGUAUUAAAGAAUUGUUCGCUGCAAGUUAUUGUUGCUCAAACGUGCCCAAUGCUUACGCUAUUUCUGUUUUCUGCGCUUUUUCUGCCUGAAAAUGAACGAAGUAGGUAUGUUGGACUCCGGUCAAAUAGUUGGAAUGGCCACGUACCAAGCACCACUACAAGAUACAGUUUUCCCUGUCCCAAGGCCACUCCAUAAAAAUUAUCUUAAAAAUAGUUCGAAAAUACUUUAUGAGAAAAGAACAAUGAAUUUACAGGACUACGGUAAAAUUUCUGGGCACAACCGCGUGGUGUUUCUUUUUUUUUUUUUUUCGUGUCCGCGGCAAGAGAAAACGCAAAGGAGGAUUCCUGUCCUUUGCUUUUUUUCACCUCACCGCUCCAACCCACGAGUGUUUUGUUUCAUUGCUGUGUAUGCAGCCAUCAGUAAAACAAGCCUGUCCUGGUCACAUCAUUAUGGAGAGUCCCCGCACAGUGUUUCUUGCGCAAGAAAAGUGGCGCCGUAGUGCUGUAGCCACCAACAGAAUGCUGGGAGGACUAACAUCUUUCUUUUACGGAGAUAUAGGAGACCUUAAAGGUGCACCCGACAACCAAUAUUCCGUGUUCACAAAGGCUCAGUGCGCACUAAAAAACGUGUAAGAGCUAUUUUGUUAACGAAUUGUCAAUUAUAUUGAGUGUAACGCGCAGUUACUUGGGCUAGGGUGUACAUUUACAUUAAAGGUUGGCGUUAACGCCGGCGGGGUGGCUAAAUUUGGAAGAAAGAGGACAACAGCCAACGCUUACUUAUUGUCACUUCCAAUCGAACGUCUCAUUUUCUUUUUAAUUAUUAUUUUACAUGUAGCUGCAAGCCCUAAUGUAAGAUUUAUUACAGUGGAAUCAAUACUUUCCGGGGAAGCAGAAUGUGAUGUUGGGCUUGUUGCUUCACGCUUGAAAUGCGGUUCUGGCGCAGCAAAACUAAGCGGACAGAAGAAGGGAAAAAAUGGCGCCCUUUCUGUGCCUUCUUUCCGCUUAGUUUUACUGCGCCAGAACUAGAUUUCUUCCGAGGAAACUCAUUCCGAGAACACUUUAUUUUCCCAGCCAAGGUACACGUUUCUGGCAGACCUUCAUCCACGCUAAGCUGUCCGCGUCAUGGUACUUGAACGGCGGGUAUACCCAGCAUGUUGAACUCGCAAAGGAGCUUGUACUACACUCUCUCUUCGUGCAAUAAGAAACACUGCUGGUGUCGGGAAGGUAUGCACUCGGCCAGUGGUGGUGUGACCGUGCGUGCAUGGUCACAUGGAACCAUACUGCAUGCGCGUGGCAGACUCUUUGUCGUGGUUCACUCCAGAGAGAACACCAGCAAUUUGACGUUCUUGGAAACUACAAAAUUCGACAAUAGCCGCUCAUUCAUAUAGGGUUUCAUUCGCAUAGCUGUUGCAGAAAAACGAUGCAUCACAAAAGCACGACAGUGACCUGUCAUAGACAAGAUUUAUGAUGGUGAAUGGUGCCUGUGUGAUGCGAUGCAUUUUCUGCAAAACCCCUCCUUGCUUAUAGUAAAAUUAAAAUAAGUUUAAGGGUACUCGUUACCAUUAUAGCGGCUAUCGCUACUUCUAUUCACUUCGCAUUAUUUUUCAGGAAGGCAACUAAGUCAUAGGUAAAAUAUUAAUCGAAAUUUUUCAGGCCACUGCGCCGUGAGGGUACUUGUAGAUCCUUGUAAUCGGGAGGACCACGAACUUCGAUGCUGAAAGCCACAGAGCUUGACGGGGACUGUGCUUAUUGAUUUCCUCCGCUUCGGUGUGCCAGGUAUGCUACAAGAGCUCUGCAACAGGACCCGGCUACACAUAUUUUACUUGCGGAGUGACUUGAAGACUUUCGACUGAGACAGUAUGCAUGUGCUUACAGAGGACCUUGGAUCACAGAAGGGCCCGUGCGCCUGAGUUUCUUCCUGAUCUGGGAGCUCAGCUGUGGAUCUUGAGAUGCAGUGUGCGCGUUCAAUACACGACUGCGCGAGCAGGUAAUCUGAGCACGCAGAGACUGCAUGCUUGGAUUACCAAAAGGAAGAAAAAAGUACAACAGCUUUUUCGUGUCUUUCGUGCCACCAGAGUUUUGUAAGAAGCUGCCCCGCUCACUAUGACAGCAACGGUGACACGAAGCACUAUAGCACCGUGUCGCCGUCGCAUAGUAAAGCAGUUCUCUCUAGCUGUCCCCAUAUUUGUAGCGCCACCGUGUGGAUGGUUCUCAAAAUUAUACGGCACGGUGCCUUACGUGUAAUACAUGAAAGUGCAGAGCGACCACCUUUGCACACGUUGACGUUUCUUGAUGGUCGUUGACGGGAGACGAUGCCAUUUGCUAUUGUUGAAGUGAGCCUGAAACGAUUUCCUCGGAGCAGACACAGCAUUGUGUCGCGGAGGGCUGGCUAUGGUCUCUUGUCAACGAUUCCUUGCUUGUGAUGACCUGUCUUGUCAACACUUAUGCCGUUGUGCAAUGCAAAUCUGAAAACUGCUCUUGUCUGUCGCUUGUUGCCCCCAAAUGCUUUCAGAGUGAAGUUUUCUGUUUUUGAAGUACAAGGGGGUGCGAUGUGAAUCAUGCAAACUAAGAAAAUCGAAAUAGUAGAACAGCUUCAUAUAAGAGUAUUAUUUCGCACUUCUUACUGUUCAAUACUAAGGCUAGCCCUAGUAAUAAUUCAGCCGAUUAGCGAUAAUUUUUAUUGUAACAAAUUAUCCCACUUGGGGACGUAAUUGAACUUCUGCGUGAUGUUGGGCAUCGCGAUUUGCCCCCAAGUAAUAGCAUUCAAGAAAGACGUGUUGUAAACAGAUGUUCUGCCCUAGCGACACAAGUGAAAAAGAAACACCAUCCUGUUCAGGCGUCCAGGCUGUGGGCAAGGUGAAUGACCGCCAAGGUCAAACUGUUUCUUCUCAAACAUCUACACAUUUACACCCUGUACACACACCGUUAUUCACGCAUGAAGGCACUGCCUUCAAGCCCGUUUGUAAGCUCGCGAGCCACAUGUUGUCAAGCGUAUACACCCACGAUAACCUGCGUGUUAAUCAGUCAUUAUUCAAUUCGAAAUGUGUCUAAAAGGAACAAGAGUUUUAAUUAAAGCAUCAUCAUUUCACGGAUAUUUUUACGAUGUUGAAUACAUCUUCGUAACAAAGAGCGUAUAAUCGUUUACAUACGGCAUGCGACAGUGGUUUGACUAUACUUAUCAAUGCACCUAUACAAGAGCCCAUCACUCGACGCCAUGAGCACUUUCACCUAGACUAGGCAAGCAAAUAAUUGUUCACACUGACAGGUGGGGAAAGCAACAUUAUCUUUGCUGCUUCUUUUUUUCCUCUUAUCGUGCUUUUCUUUGCUGUUGUUAUUCUUCGCGACUACGGUACAAGAGUCUUUUGCUCAGGCUCUAUUGCACUCUCUUUAUUUAUGGCCUUCACUUCUUUCCUUGUCUUUGUUAAUAUAUUUGAUGCUUACGCGGUUUCCUGUGCUGUUUUAUAUUGUCCCACAAACCGCGAAACUGUUUAGAAAACCUUUCAUGUGAAUUCUUGUACGUUUGUUAUUUUUUAGACCAUGGAAAAAUAAAUCGUUUCACCUUUAAA